AUGCUUCUAUACAGGUCUCUGUUUGCCGCUUUCUUACUAUCUUUGUCUGCCGUCGCAUGGCAACACGAAACGAAUUUGAGCACCGCCAAUCCACUUAGUGCAGGUUGUGCCAAAGCAUGCGCAGAGCUAUCGUCUGAGUUUGGACCCAAUCUACACUAUCCAGCCGAUGGAAAUUUUACGGUUUGGGACGCCAAACAGACGGAGGUUGAAUCCGCCUGCCGCGUGGAGCCAUCCAAUUCCCAAGAUGUCAGCAAGGUCCUGAGCAUACUGGUCGAUCAUUGGUGUCGGUUCGCAGUAAAGGGCGGGGGCCAUGCUCGCAAUUCAGAUGAUUCGGUGUCGGUUGGCGGCGUGACCAUCGACAUGCACUUGAUGAAAUCCAUCCAAGUGGCUCCCGAUCAAAAAACGGUAAAUCUUGGCAGCGGCCACGUGCUUUAUACAAUGUACCACGGCCUCGAGGCGUUUAAUCUGACCACGAUAGGCGGUCGAGUCGCUGAUGUCGGAUUGGGUGGUUAUGCCUUGGGCGGAGGGAUUUCUAACCUCUCACCUAAAUACGGCCUGGCCGUAGACAACAUCUUUGAAUAUGAGAUUGUUCUGCCAAACGCGACGAUUGUGCAUGCGAGUGAACAUCAUAAUUCUGACUUGUACUUUGCACUUCGAGGUGGAAUGAAUAAUUUCGGUAUCGUGACGCGCUAUACCAUGCGCGCAGUGCCUCAAAAAUAUAUUCUAGGCGGCGACAAGACGUACAGCUCAAUCCAGAAGGACAAAAUCGCCAACGAAGCCUUUGACCUCACCACUACUUGGAAGAACGACACCGAUAUGGCGUUCUCCUAUGGUUACAGCUAUGACCAGGCAUCCGACCAAUUUUCCCUUAGUUUCUCGCAUGCAUAUGCGCGACCAGUUCUCCACCCAGCUCCCUUUACCCGCCUCGAAAGGAUUCCGUACAAGUCAAGUACGGUGCGCAUUGAUCGAAUGAGUAAUCUGAGUCUAGAAGGCGCUUCUCAUACCCCAUCCGGGAGCCGUAAUCUGUUCGCUACCAUGACAUAUCAGCUAUCCGCAGACAUGGACCGACGCAUCAUGGAAAUCAUGGCCGAAGAAAUCCAGCCUAUCAAACACGUGGCACAUUUCUUCCCCAACGUUAUUUUUCAACCUCUCUACGAAGGUGCAAUCCGCGCGGGACAUGAAAGGGGUGGAAAUGCUCUUGGGAUCAAAGCCGAUGGUCCCCUGACCAUUUGUCUUCUAACUGUGAUGUGGACUGAUCGUCAGGACGAUGAUGCUGUGAAUGCAUUUGUGCAAAAGUGGAUUCGACGCGUACAAGCCGCUACUGUACAAGCCGGAAGCCACCAUCACUGGCUUUACAUAAACUACGCUUACCACCAGCAAGACCCUUUCUCUGGAUAUGGCCAACGCAACAAACAAAGGCUGAUUGACGUGCAAAAGGCGAUCGACCAGCGGGGAGUGUUUACCUCUCGAGACUACUACACUCGUGUUCCCCGCCCGUACCAAAUUUGUGGCUACGAUGGCGCGGGAAUAGUAAUGAAAGCAGGACCUGAUUGUACGCUGUUCAGUGAAGGGGAUGAAGUUUUCUACUCUGGAAGUCCAGUCAGACACGGAUCCAACGCGGAAUUUCAGUUAGUGGAUGAGCGCUCUGUGGGACACAAACCAAAACGACUGGAUAUGACUGAGGCUGCUUCAAUGCCACUGACGUAUAUCACUGCAUAUCAGGCACUCGUUGAACAGAUGGAGAUUGAAACGAAGGAGAAUGCCGCAGUGCUUAUAAUCAAUGGAGCAGGUGGUGUUGGAGCCGUGGCUAGCCAAAUAGCCCGUCAGCUCCUCGAAUUGCCGGUUGUGAUUACAACCGCUUCCCGCCCGGAGAGCGUUGACUUCACAAAAAGAAUGGGAGCAACACAUGUUCUCAACCACAGGGAUGAUUUGGCAAAGCAAAUACAGAACCUCAACCUCGAUGUUCCUGUGAAGUACAUAUUUAUAACGCAUUCUGCCGACCAAUAUAUGGACGCGUGUGCAAAGAUUUGUAUGCCAUUCGGCAAAGUAUGCUCUAUUGUACAAGGUCAAGCCAAAAUGUACGGCACAGAGUUCAUGGCAAAGUCGUUGACCUUCAUAUGGUGCCUCAUUGGGACCAAACCUGUCUAUCACACGGAUGUGGAGUCUCACCAUCGAAUUCUAGAAGAUUUGAGCCGGCUGUUGGAUUCUGGAAGAAUUCGGUGUCAUUUGACUAGUCGAUUUGGUCUGACACUAAAUGGUCUUCGUGAAGCACACCGGUCGAUAGAGAGCGGAGGUAAUAUUGGAAAGACUGGUCUAACGAUUGGGGACAUUGGCGAUGCUGAACGUUUCAUGUGA